CUUCGGCAGCGGCGGCGACGCCGGCGGCGGUGGAGUCGGCGGCGGUGGAGCCGGCGGCGGUGGAGCCGGCAAAGUUCGAGAUUGUCGUACCACCGCCAAUGGCCGAUACCGGCCAGUUCUUGAAGUUUGUUGAUGCGGACACGGAGGGCGCGGAGGAGAAGGAAAUAGAGGAGGAGGAAGAGGAGGAGGAGGAGAUACUGCCCGCGUAUUACUCUGAGGGAACGAGGAUUCCCGUCUUUACUCCUACAAUGGACCAGUUCAGAAGCUUCAAGAAGUUCGUCGACAACAUCAACCACUACGGAAUGGGGUCGGGGAUUGUCAAGAUCGUCCCUCCGAAGGAAUGGCAUGACUCGCUACCGCCGCUCGACGAAAAGGUCCGCGACAUCAAGAUCAAAAACCCCAUUGAGCAACACAUUGCCGGAAGCUCGGGCGAAUACCGGCAGACGAAUGUCCAGAAGCAGCGAACGUACAAUCUCCCCGAGUGGCGAAGCCUCUGUGAGGGUAGCGAUCAUCAGCCGCCGGCGAGACGUGGUGAACGCAGGAAGGGACAGACACAGCCGGCGGUCAAGAGGAAUACAAGGACACGGAAGAGCACGGUCAAGGAAGAGGUUAAGGCUGAGGAGGAUCCGGAUGAGGCGUCGUCGGGAAAGACCAACCCUCCCACCCCCGAGUCUCCCGUCGACAAGGUGGAGGACGCUACACCGGAACCAGUGGGCGGAAGGCAACCCCGUCAUAGGGAUCGCACGCAGGAGACCCCCGGCCUAGAAGCCGACGCGCCCGGCGGUCGUCAGCCAAGGAAGGCUGCUCCUCGCCGCAAGACAGCCAAGGAACGAGCCGAGGAAAGGGAACUUGCCGAUGACAUCGCUUACGAAGGUUUCGACUACCGCAUAUCGGAUGUUGACCAAUUCACUGCCGAGCGCUGUGCUGAGCUGGAGAAGGCCUACUGGAGAACAUUGACCUAUAACAGCCCGCUCUACGGUGCCGACAUGCCCGGCAGCUUGUUCGACGAGCGCACUACUUCGUGGAACGUCGCGAAGCUCGAGAACCUGCUGGACUGUUUGGGCAAGAAGCUGCCGGGUGUCAACACGGCGUACCUGUACCUCGGGAUGUGGAAGAGCACGUUCUCGUGGCACCUGGAGGAUAUGGACUUGUACAGCAUCAAUUACAUCCACUUUGGUGCGCCCAAACAAUGGUAUUCCAUCUCCAGCGAAGACAAGGCGAAGUUUGAGCAAGUCAUGAAGAGCAUCUGGCCGAAUGAAGCUAAGAAGUGCUCGGAAUUCCUCCGUCAUAAAACCUUUCUGGUUUCACCAGCCCUGUUGUCACAGCAUGGCAUCAAAGUUAAUAAACUAGUUCACCGCCAGGGCGAGUUUGUGAUCACGUUCCCAUUCGGUUACCAUUCCGGAUACAACCUAGGAUACAACUGCGCCGAGAGUGUUAACUUUGCGACUAGCUCAUGGCUCAAGUUUGGACGUGACGCGAAGAAGUGCGAGUGCGUUGACGAUUCGGUGUUUGUUGAUAUCGAUGAGAUUGAACGCAAGCUGGCCGGCCUUCCGACGGAUGACGAGUUUGAUGACGAUGACGAGGUUGAAUACGGAUAUUAUGAUGAGGAGGGUAAGGAGAUUGAGAAGCCUGGUGAUUUCCCCACACCUCCGGAAAGCGUCGAUGGAAAGCCGAAGCGCGGUAGGCCGAGAAAGCGAAAGGCCGAGGAUGGUACUACCAUCACUAUCGCCAAGAAACCCAGAAAACCUGCAAAGACUCCUGUCAGAGAGCCGUGUGUUCUUUGUCCAAAUGAUAUACCGUCUGAGCCUUUACUAGAAACAGAUAAUGGAGCCCAUGCACAUAAACUAUGUGCCCUCUACACACCCGAGACAUACUUCAAGUGGGACGAUGCUCGCGAGAAGGAACUCGUUGCGAACACCGAAGAGAUCCCUAAGGCAAGACUUGAACUGAAGUGCAUGUUCUGUCGCCAGAAGAAGGGUUCCUGCUUCCAGUGUUCAGCCAAGAAGUGCACACGCGCGUACCAUGCCACGUGCGCCGCCGCUGCAGGUGUUUUGGUCAACAUGGUGGACGUACAGGUUACCGGCGAGGACGGUAAGCAAUACUCGCAGACAAAUAUCGAUUACCGGUGCAAAGUCCACCGUUCCAAGCGACCAAAGGAUAUUGAUGCGGAAGCGUUGGAGAACGACCCGUUGGUGCGCACUUACUCGGCCGCGUUGAUCAAGGGCGAUGUCAUACAGAUGCAGUAUCUUGGGGGCCACACCGAAAUAUUUGCUGGUGUUGUCCGUGAGAACCGUGUCCAGGAGGGAACCGUGCUGGUGCAGAUUUUGCCGAGAGGAGACAUCCUGGAAGUCGAAUGGAAAUGGAUCCUCGCCCAGGAUUCGUCGCAAACGGAUUUCCCCGAUGCCACCGUUACGGCACCUAUGUAUCCCAACCCCAGCUAUCCGAAGAGGAAACCAAAGGUGGCCCAGAAAGAUAUUCUGGAAGCAGAUGUGCCGUUUGGAGAGUUGGGCUCUGGAUACACGUGGGGCGAGCUGGUGGUCGGAGAGGGCCUCGUUAACACCGAGCAAGAGCCGGUGAAGUUCUGGUGGCAUUACCUGGGCGAGAAGUCUACGGAGUACAUACCGAAGUACACCGACGAUCCUGCCAAGCGAGUGCACAAUCCGGCAUCCAGCUUUGUCCCGCCGAAGCCCCCACCAAGAAAGACGUAUCGCCAGUCGUCAGUACAUGUCGUCCAGGCACCGGGAUACACCAUGAGUCUGCCGCCGGGAUACGGGCCGCAGUACUACAACCACCAGUUGAUCGGAUACGGCCCUGGCCCUGGCCCCCAGAACCAGUACCGUCAGAUGGCUCCAAUGUCACCGCAGGCCACUCCCGUCCAUUCCAUGCAAUCCUCGCCGCAUUUCAACCAUGACUACUCGCCUCCGGCCUCCUCUGCAGAGCGUUCAUCGUCAAUGAGUUUUCCGCUGAAACAGAUGUUUGGAGGAGAACCACCACAGGCGCAUUCCCCCACGCGGCCGCAGAGCUACUCGCCGAUCACGCCUGUCAUGCAGCAUCGCCCGUUCCCACAGCAUCCCUCGCAGCAGCAUCCCUCGCAGCAGCAUCCCUCCCAGCAGCAGCCAAGAUACAGUCCGUCCGUCUCGAUGGCGCCGCCGCCGCCGACACAGCAGCAAUACUAUUCCCACGCGCCGCUACCUCAGCCCCAGCUAUACCACUCGAGCCCCAUGCCGCAGUCCAGUGGGUUCAUCAUUCCACCCCCUCAACAGCAACAGCAACAGCAACACGCACCCCCGCCUCCAUCUCCACCGCAGGCAGGUUCAGCUCUCACUCCCACGCUCACGAACGCCGCCGGCAAAUCGCCUGCUGCUGGCCCGGGUUCCGCCCCGGUGUCGGAUAUUUCGGCGGCUCUUGCAAGGCUGGCAAGGGAUCGCGCAGAGAAGGAGGAACGCGAUAAGCUAGUGUGCCCCGAGCCGCAGAUGGCGUAGGAGGGGAGGAUACCCGGAAACGGAAACGGCAGUUUGUGUGCUGGGAGGGCUUUGUUUCGCAUAGCAUUGACAUCGGGCGUUUGAUUUGCACUACUACUACUACUACUACUACU